GUCAUGCCUUCAGGGAGACGGUAAAGAGUGAAAUUAAACAACGGUUCGUGAUUCCAAAGCUCAGCUCCGUCGUCGCUAAUGUGGAGAAACAUUGUGUUUGGUGUAAGGUCCACAAGAAUAGACCAAGCGUACCACGAAUGGCUGCGCUACCAAUUCAAAGGCUCACACCAUACCAGCGACCGUUUACAUUCGUGGGGGUCGACUAUUUGGGGCCAGUAGAAGUUACGAUCGGACGGCGCGCGGAAAAAAGGUGGAUUGUCGUUUUCACGUGCUUGGUCGUUCGUGCCAUUCACUUAGAGGUGGCUCACAGCCUCAAUACCCAGUCAUGCUUGAUGGCCAUCAGGCGCUUUACUUGUCGCCGAGGAUCGGUUGCAGAAUACUUCUCGGACAACGGGACCAAUUUUCGUGCGGCGAGCAAAGAAAUCCAGCAGCUGUACCGUGACGUGCAGAAGGCGUGCGCUGAAGAGCUGACGGAUGCGAGGACGCAGUGGCAUUUUAACCCCCCUGCUGCUCCCCAUAUGGGGGGAGUGUGGGAGAGAAUGGUUCGGACGGUGAAAGAGGUGAUGAGCGCUCUGAACGACGGGAGGAGAUUAACCGAAGAAAUUCUUCAAACUACAUUGUGUGAAGCUGAGGAUAUGAUCAACAGUCGGCCGCUGGUAUUCGCUCCGCAGGAGUCUCCUUUGCCUGCACUAACACCAAAUACUUUCCUUCGGGGAUCAUCUCCCAACGAGCCACAGGAGGUUGUUGUACCAACGAACGUUGCACAUGCUCUGCGAGAUUCAUAUAAGCGAUCUCAGCUACUAGCAGAUGAAAUGUGGAAGCGGUGGAUAAGGGAAUAUGUUCCCAGCAUCAAUAGUCGGACGAAGUGGUUUACAGAAACGCGCCCGCUGCAGAAAGGUGAUCUAGUGUACGUGGUAGAAGGAGAUCGACGGAAAUCUUGGAUGCGGGGUGUCAUAGAGAAACCGAUUAUGUCCAGCGACGGACGAGUGAGACAGGCGAUCGUGCGAACAAACAGCGGUACCUAUAAACGUCCGGUCGCAAAACUGGCGGUUCUGGAGAUUGCUGAGGGUAACGCUGAUCCGGUGAAAGGAGCCGGAACAGGAUUACGGGUCGGGGAUUGUUGUGGUAGCCAGCCCCCUGGUUUGUAGGACUGGGUAGGUUAUACACAGCAAUACGUACAAGCAGUUUACGGUGUAGAGAAAAUUGAUGACGGGACAAGCUGUCAUUUCUGAACAGAUAGAAGGUGAAGGAAGGCUAACAAUUGGAAUACCUAAAUUAAACCUACAAUUUGUUAAAUCUACUAAAUAUUAAUAAUUCCUUAAUGCUAAUCUUAACGCUAUUUCGGUAUCACAGGAUCGCUUAAAACUAUCUUAAGAUACGUGAUUGAAUAUCGGAACACCUCCACGUGGUGUAGACCGUUUAAAGAUAAUUGAGAAUAAGAUUAGUAAAAACCCGGCGAACGCGAUUUGCUGACCGUUUUUAAGAGCCUUUUUGGGGCUGCAGGAGGAAAAACAAAAUUUCUUUAAGCUGCCAACUAAAAAAGGCUGCUCUAAGGAUUGUUAAUCCUCAC